AUGAUGAAGCUCAUCAUUUCCCUGACUCUUUUCUGGGCUCUCUGCAGCACAGCUGAAGCUCUUCAGUGUCAAACUUGCGCAGAUGAGACAUGUUCAAGCACAGUAUCCCAAACGUGUUCCUCAGAGACGAUGUGUAUAACAGCCUCCAUUCAAGCAAGUUCAUCUGGAAUUCCAGUACAGCAAAUCUACAAAGCAUGUGCUCCGUCCUCCCAGUGUCCAGCCACAGGACCUCAGACAUUUUCAGUCAACUUGGGUGGUUCAAGUGCACUUACAUCUGCUACCUGCUGCAACACAGAUAACUGUAACUCAGCCACUCUAGCCUUUCCUACUACUCCAGCAGAUAACAGCCUCCAGUGUAAUUCUUGUACAACCUCUGCAUGCACGACACCAUUACAGUGUAAGGGGACGGAGGACAUGUGCUUUGAGGCAACUUUGACCAGUAGCUCCACCAGUUCUCCUGCUUUUGGCUGUGCAUCUUCAAACCUCUGUGCAGCUGCUACCAGCCUGGGUUCAAUACCUUUCAUGACAAGUGUUGGCUCCAUCAGCAGUGGACCAACCUGUUGUGGAACCAGUUUGUGUAACACCUUCACUACAACUGCUCCCCCGACUACAACAACAGUUGCUCCAACUACAACAACUACUACUCCAACUACAACAACUACU